GACCAUUGUCUCUCCCACACUAGAAAAACCAGAGCCCAUUCCUUUUCAAGAUUCUUUGAUCCGAUCAAUCAUAAUCGCCACUCUCAUUUUUCUCAAUGACCCUCUUUUCUUCUUCUUCUUCUUUGUCCCUUCAAGCUCACAGAAGAAGCUAAGCUGCUUUCAAAAAAAAAAUGCUAAUUUUCAGAAUCUUUGUUGCUGUUCUCUUCUUCUCCUGCUUCACUUCCUCCCUCAAUCAAGAAGUCGCUUACCUGUACACCGCGAAGCUCGGGUUUGGCGACCCCAGUGGUGCCCUCUCGAGCUGGAACGCCACCGACGACUCGCCGUGCGAUUGGUACGGCGUUGGCUGUGAUUCCGUGUCCGGCGCUGUCAGAUCGCUCGACCUUUCUAAUGCUAAUAUUUACGGUCCUUUUCCGGCGGUUCUUUGCCGGCUUCGGGAUUUGAGGUUCGUUUCCUUGUACAAUAACUUCAUCAAUUCCAGUCUUCCCGAUGGGUUGUCGGGUUGUCGGUCCCUGGAGCACCUUGAUUUGGCUCAGAAUCUCUUGUCUGGGCCGCUUCCGGCGAGCUUGGCCCAGCUUCCCAACCUGAAAUAUCUCGACGUCACCGGGAAUAAUUUCUCCGGCGAAAUCCCGUCAAUCUUUGGGGCCUUCCCGAAGCUCGAGGUUUUGGGACUGGUUUCGAAUCUGUUCGAAGGGACGAUUCCCGCUUUUCUGGGGAACAUUUCGACUCUGAAACAGCUGAAUCUCUCGUACAACCCGUUUUACCCGGGUCGGAUCCCUCCCGAGUUUGGAAACCUCACGAAUCUCGAGUGCCUAUGGCUCACGAGCUGCAACUUGAUCGGCGAGAUUCCCGACUCACUGAGUCGACUCACUAGGAUCAUCAAUUUCGACGUGGCUAUAAACAAUCUGAGCGGUCCCUUCCCGAGCUGGCUGACCGAGUUGACCAGUGCCGUCCAAAUUGAGCUUUACUCGAACUCGUUGACCGGAGAGCUCCCGGCGGCAGGGUGGUCUAAGAUGACGGCACUGAGACGAUUCGACUCGUCGAUGAACCAGUUGAGAGGAGCCAUUCCCGGGGAGCUGUGUGAGCUACCGCUCGGGUCGCUCAAUAUAUACGAGAACCACUUGGAAGGGGAGUUGCCGGAGAGCAUUGCAGAGUCGCCGAAUUUAUACGAGUUACGGAUCUUCGGCAAUAGUCUGAGAGGAGAUUUACCCAAAAAUCUCGGCAGAAACUCACACUUAACCUUCAUUGAUGUUUCUGACAAUGACUUUUCCGGCAAAAUCCCUGAAACUUUGUGCGGAAUGGGUAGACUGAGUUACCUUUUGAUCAUAAACAACUCCUUCUCCGGUGGGAUCCCACCUAGUUUGGGUUCUUGCCGGAGCUUAAGACGGGUUAGGUUGACCCACAACAAUUUAUCCGGCAAUGUUCCGAUCGGUUUCUGGGGAUUGCCCCAUGUCUCUUUACUUGAGCUGGCAGACAACUCAUUUUCUGGCGAAAUUGCCAAAACCAUUGCCGGUGCUGCAAAUUUGUCUGCUUUGGUUUUGUCAAGGAACAAUUUCUCUGGCCCCAUUCCGGCGGAGAUUGGCUUUCUUGAUAAGCUUAUUGAGUUUCGGGGUAACGACAACAAGUUUUCUGGGCCGUUACCUCCUACCAUACUGAAUCUUGGGCUGCUAGCAAAAUUGAAUCUUCAGAACAACAAACUAUCAGGUGAGCUUCCUUCCGGAAUCCAUUCUUGGAAGAUGUUGAUUGAAUUGAACAUAGCAAACAAUGAAUUCUCUGGGGAUAUUCCUCCCGAAAUAGGAAACUUGUCUGUUUUGAAUUAUCUUGAUCUGUCGGGAAACCAGUUUUCGGGAAAAAUUCCAGCUGAAUUACAGAAGUUGAAGCUCAAUCAGUUCAACUUGUCUGAUAACAGACUUUCUGGCAAGAUCCCAUCUUUUUACGACGACCAAAUGUACAAGAACAGCUUCUUGGGAAACUCAAGGCUGUGCGGAAACAUUGGAAGGUUAUGUGAUCGGAGAGGUGAUGAAACAAACAUUGGUUAUUAUUGGCUAUUCAUAUCGAUCUUUGUGUUUUCUGGGCUGGUUCUUAUUGUGGGGAUCAUUUGGUUCUAUUGGAAGUACAAGACUUUCAAGAACACGAAAAAGGACAUUGACAGAUCAAAAUGGACCUUAAUGUCAUUUCACAAGCUUGGUUUCGACGAGUACGAGAUUCUAGAUGCUCUUGAUGAAGAUAAUGUCAUUGGAAGUGGACUAUCCGGAAAGGUGUACAAGGUCGUGCUGAGCAAUGGGGAGGCUGUUGCAGUGAAAAAGAUGGAGAGAAAUACAAAGUUUGAAGACGACGAAGACAUUGAGAAAGGUGGUUCUCGUCAAGAUGAUGGCUUUGAAGCAGAGAUUGAGACAUUAGGGAAAAUCAGGCACAAGAACAUUGUCAAGCUCUUGUGUUCAUGUAUUACAAGGGACUGCAAGCUUUUGGUUUACGAGUACAUGCCAAACGGAAGCUUGGGCGAUUUACUUCACAGCACCAAAAGUGGGCUUUUGGAUUGGCCUAUGAGGUUUAAGGUAAUAAUGGAUGCCGCGGAGGGUCUGUCCUAUCUGCACCACGACUGUGCUCCUCCAAUUGUGCAUAGAGACGUGAAGUCGAAUAAUAUACUACUAGAUGGGGAUUUUGGUGCCCGGGUGGCUGAUUUUGGCGUGGCUAAGGCAGUCGAUUCAAGUGACAGAGGACCAAAAUCGAUGUCUGGCAUCGCCGGUUCCUGUGGUUACAUUGCACCAGAGUACGCAUACACCCUGAGAGUGAACGAGAAGAGCGACAUAUACAGCUUCGGGGUGGUGAUCCUGGAGUUGGUGACGGGGAGGCUCCCGGUGGACCCCGAAUUCGGGGAGAAGGAUUUAGUGAAGUGGGUGUGCACCACGUUGGACCAGAAGGAGGACGGGUUUGAUCACGUGGUUGACCCGAAACUCGACUCCUGCUUCAAGGAGGAUAUCUGCAAAGCAUUGAGCAUAGGCCUCCUCUGCGCCAGCACCCUACCCAUUAACCGGCCCUCCAUGCGGAGAGUCGUCAAAAUGUUGCAAGAAGUUGGUGGCUGUGGUGGUGGCAAUAAGGACGGUAAGUUGACACCUUAUUACGACGACGAUGCCUCGGCUUAGGAGGGAAUUGCAUCCAAAGUGUGUGUGUACUUUUGUAACAUUGAUAUUGUAAUUUGUAAAUCAAUUGUUUUACCCAACUCUGUAGUGUAGCUUCCAUUCCAAUGUUUGAACAAGUGGUGUUUGCAUUUAAGGUUGUGUACUUAUGUUCUGAAUUUGAGGAAACAUAUAUGGAAUCCUACUUCUAUAAGAAAACAAAACGAGGGCCAUUCGAGGUACUGUACCUCUUUUUCAGAUCUGCCCACAAAACUGAAGCAACGGAGUCAGAGACGAUACUUGCCUGAAUAGACUCAUCCACGCUAUUGAAAAUCCAACUACAGAUGAUAGAGUUGUUAGAUUCCCAAGCGGCGAGUUCUCGUUCAUCUUUGUGUUCGGGAACACCAUCUGGUACCAAGAAAAUAGCCUUGCCACGCCCCCCUAGAGCAUUGCGUAUGGGCUUUUCCCAAACCUCAUAAUUAUCACUUUUGAGUAGGUAUUUUGUCAAGGCGUUUCCAGCGUGUUGUGACGGAUGAAGACAAUAAAUCGUGGACGGAUCAUGAAUCAACCAUGUCUUUUUGGUUGUUUCGGUUGUCAUGAUGUUGGUGAUGGACGGCGGCUGAGAUGUCAGCGGCGGACGAACGGCGGCUGAAUGACGGACAGACGGGGGUUGGAACGAGCGGCGGCCGAACAAACGUAUAUGGGUGCGGUAGUCUUAUGGUUUUC